AUUUCCUCCUCAAAACCCUAAACCCCAGCUCCAAAGAGACGAAGACGAUACCUUUCUCCUCUCUUCGUCUCUGAAUGUUGAGAAAAACUCUAACUUUACUCCCACGAAGAAGACCCUUCUCUUCUUCCUCCUUUGCCAUCUCCCCACUGCCUUCUAAAACCCUAACCCAUCUCCAAGUUUCCUCCUUUGAAUCCUCUCUCCACUCCUCCCUAACAACCCACAACACAGACCAAGCAUGGAAGCUCUUCCGCUCCUUCGCCGCCUCCUCCUCUCUCCCAAACAAGCCUCUCCUCAACUCCCUCAUCACCCAAUUAUCCUCAGAGACCACCACACCGCACAAACUCAAACGCGCCUUCGUCUCCGCUGCUUACGUCAUCGAGAAAGAUCCAACCUUUCUCGAACCCAACACUCUCCUCACUCUCUUCCGAUCCAUGAAACUCGCUAAAGCUCCUUCCCCUGCUUUGGCCUUAGUCAAAUGCAUGUUUAAAAACAGAGUCUUUGUCCCCUUUGAUCUCUGGGGAGGUUUGGUUAUCGAUACCUGCCGUGAAAGUGGGAACUUAGCUUCGUUUCUUAUAGUGUUUAAGGAAAGUUGUGGACUUGCGGUAGAUGAGAGGCUUGAUUACAUGAAACCUGGUUUGGACGCGUGUAACGCUGCUCUUGAAGCGUGUUGUAGGGAGAUUGAGUCUUUAACGGAUGCUGAGAGUGUGAUUGAGUUGAUGGAUUUGAUGGGUGUGAAGCCUGAUGAGUGUAGCUUUGGGUUUCUUGGCUAUUUGUAUGCUAGAAGGGGGGUUAAGGAGAAGGUAAAGGAGGUUGAGAGUUUGGUGGAUGGUAGUAAGAGAGUUCUUUAUUCGAGUUUGAUUAGUGGUUAUGUUAAGAGUGGUGAUUUGGAUAGUGUGUAUGAUGUUGUUCUUAGAGGAGGUUGUGGUUUUAGUGAGGAAACGUAUUGUGAGAUUGUGAAAGGGUUUAUUGAGAGUAAAAAGGUGAAGAGUUUAGCAACAUUGAUAAUUGAAGCUCAGAGAUUGGAGUCUGAGUCUGUUGAGAUUGAGAGAUCAGUUGGGUUUGGAGUUAUAAACGCUUGUGUGAAUCUUGGAUUCUCAGGUAAGAGUAUACUUGAUGAGAUGAAUGCUCAGGGAGGAUCUGGUGGGAUUGGUGUGUAUGUACCUAUCUUGAAAGCUUAUUGCAAGGAGAACAGAACAUCUGAAGCUACUCAGCUGGUUAAAGAGAUCAGCAGCUCUGGAGUUCAGCUUGAUGCUGAGACUUAUAAAGCUUUGAUCGAAGCUUCCAUGACAAAACAGGACUUUGUAUCUGCCCUUACAUUGUUUAGGGACAUGAGAGAAACAAGAGUAGUAACUGAUUUGAAAGGGAGCUACUUAACAAUCAUGACAGGUCUCCUUGAGAAUCAAAGACCAGAGUUAAUGGCAUCAUUUGUGGAAGAAGUUCUAGAAGAUGUGGAAGUGAAGUCACAUGAUUGGAACUCGAUUAUUCACGCCUUCUGUAAAUCAAGACGUCUAGAAGAUGCAAAGAGGACGUUUAGAAGGAUGGUGUUUCUUCAGUACGAGCCAAACCACCAGACAUACUUGUCAUUGAUCAAUGGUUAUGUGAGCUGUGGAAGGUACUUUGAAGUUGUGGUGUUGUGGAAAGAGUUCAAAGAGGGGAAGAAAGCAAAACUGGACCAUGCUCUUGCGGAUGCGUUUUUGAAUGCGUUGGUUAGAGGAGGGUUCUUUGGGACAGCGAUGCAAGUGGUUGAGAAGUGUAAGGAGAUGAAGAUAUUUGUGGAUAAGUGGAGGUACAAGGCAGUGUUUAUGGAGACUCUGAAGAAUCUGAGAUUGCCGAAAUUGAGGAAGAGGAAAGUGAAGAAGAUUGAGUUUCUUGAUGCAUUUAAGAAUUGGGUUGGCAUUACCACAUGAAUAAUUCUCUUGAAGACAAGACCUUAAACAUGUGGACAUAGAUAAUCUUCAAGUAAACUGUUAGUAUGAAAGAAUCUGAAAUAAAAGCAUGAACUACUUGACUAUUUCUUUACUUUGUUCAUUUCUCUAUUCUUUUAUAUUAAGCAAAACA